AUGGUGGUGGUGGAAAAAGGCAGUGAAGGAAGAGAGGGCAGAGGUGACAGAAAGCAGCAGAAGUGUGUGACAGAAGAAGAAGAGGAUGUGAAAGUAGACAAUGGAAUUGCCUUCCCCACCUUUGCUGAAGAUGACGAUGACAAGAUUGUGGGAGGCUACACCUGUGCAAAGAACUCUGUGCCCUACCAGGUGUCCCUGAAUUCUGGAUAUCACUUCUGUGGAGGUUCCCUCAUCAGCAGCCAGUGGGUGGUGUCGGCUGCUCACUGCUACAAAUCUCGCAUCCAAGUGCAGCUCGGGAAACACAACCUGGAACUCACCGAAUCCACACAGCAGUUUAUCAACUCUGCUAAAGUCAUCCGCCACUCUGGCUACAGCGCCUACACCCUGGACAAUGACAUCAUGCUCAUCAAGCUGGCCACCCCAGCCCAGCUCAACAAAGCUGUCCAAACCAUUCCUCUGCCUACCAGCUGCGUGGCCACCGGCACCACCUGCCUGAUCUCCGGCUGGGGCAACACUCUCAGCAGUGGCAGCAACUACCCAGACCAACUGCAGUGCCUGAAGGCUCCUGUCCUCUCUGCUGCCGACUGCUCUGAUGCCUACCCUGGACAAAUUACCAAGAACAUGAUGUGUGUAGGAUUCCUGGAGGGAGGAAAAGACUCCUGCCAGGGAGAUUCCGGCGGUCCCGUGGUCUGCAAUGGACAGCUCCAGGGCAUUGUUUCCUGGGGUAUUGGAUGUGCCCAGAGGGGCUAUCCCGGAGUUUACACCAAGGUUUGCAACUACGUCUCCUGGAUCCGAUCCACCAUGGCCUCCAACUGA